AUGGAUACAUUGAAUACGACGGUGAUCGGUGCUCACGCCACAUUGUCGUUAAGUUCGUAUCAUCGAUGGAAUACGCUCAGCCCAUCGUUGAUGUUAGAAAAUGAUGAUGACAGCAAUGAGAUGAAGGUGUGUGGUCCAAUGAAGAUCGAACAUCCAUUUGAGAGCGAUGAUCAGGCCUACUUCUCUAGUAACUCUACUGGUACCACUUCUACUCAACAACUACAACGUCGUCAGCCAUCAGGAUCAUCAACAACGAUUCCGACAAUACCAUUAGCAUCUUGCGCCACUGCUGCAGCAUCCCUAUCAUCUGCAUUCAACAGACGGCUAGUAUCAUCAAACAGAACUGUAAGCUUUCGAAAAAAUUUUGUUAACCACCUUAAUCUGCGUAAACAUUUAUAG